GCACUUAAUGUAUGUCAUUUUGUAGCAUCGCUGGGCAGCAGUAUUGUAAGAAGGAAUGUCCGCCUUUACAUAAGGUUUCUGUUUGCUUUUGACAUUGUAAGGGACUGUAAGGGUCUGUCUUUGUAAUCACAGAUGGAGUGGAAUGGCUUAAAAAUGCUCUGAGAUCGCACGAUGCCCAGGGAAGGGGCAUAUUCCACAAUCACGGGGGUUGUCCUUUAUCAUACAACUGUUGACCAUCUGCAUUGCCAUCCAAAGUAUGUUGACAAUACAAAGGCUGAUCUCACCAACACUUGACCAGUGCACAUGCAGAGUGAGUGGAGCACCACACAGCCCACCACAGGAGAAAACGACUGUUGGCAGCUCAGCAUGAUAAUCAGCACCAUGGAACCUCAAGUUUCAAAUGGCCCGACUUCUAAUACGACGAACGGACCUGCUAGCAAUAGUAGAAACUGUCCAUCACCCAUGCAGACAGGGACUGCCACAGAUGACAGCAAGACGAACCUGAUAGUCAACUAUUUACCACAGACUAUGACGCAAGAAGAAUUUAGAAGUCUCUUUGGCAGUAUUGGUGAAAUAGAAUCAUGCAAACUUGUGCGUGACAAGAUUACAGGACAGAGUUUGGGAUACGGUUUUGUUAACUAUAUAGACCCAAAGGAUGCAGAAAAAGCCAUCAACACUUUAAAUGGACUCAGACUUCAAACCAAAACAAUAAAGGUGUCAUAUGCUCGACCCAGUUCUGCAUCUAUCCGGGAUGCUAACCUUUAUGUUAGUGGCCUUCCGAAAACCAUGAGCCAGAAAGAACUUGAACAAUUAUUUUCACAAUAUGGACGCAUUAUCACAUCAAGAAUUCUAGUUGAUCAAGUGACAGGCGUCUCUCGAGGAGUUGGAUUUAUAAGAUUUGACAAAAGAAUUGAAGCAGAAGAAGCUAUUAAAGGACUUAAUGGCCAGAAGCCUUCUGGUGCUUCAGAACCAAUUACUGUGAAGUUUGCCAAUAAUCCCAGCCAGAAGACAAGCCAAGCACUCCUUUCACAGCUGUAUCAGUCCCCAAACAGGAGAUACCCUGGACCACUGCACCAUCAAGCUCAAAGAUUUAGGUUGGACAACUUGCUUAAUAUGGCUUAUGGCGUUAAAAGUGCCCUCUCUUUGUUUGGCAGGUUUUCUCCUAUCACAAUCGAUGGUAUGACAAGCCUUGUUGGAAUGAACAUCCCUGGUCACACGGGAACAGGCUGGUGUAUUUUUGUGUACAACUUGUCACCUGAUUCAGAUGAAAGCGUUUUGUGGCAGCUAUUUGGGCCCUUUGGUGCUGUGAAUAAUGUCAAAGUGAUUCGUGACUUCAAUACAAACAAGUGCAAAGGAUUUGGCUUUGUCACAAUGACCAACUAUGAUGAAGCUGCUAUGGCAAUAGCCAGUCUUAAUGGGUAUCGUCUGGGUGACCGAGUUUUGCAAGUUUCCUUUAAAACCAACAAAACCCACAAAUCCUGAAUUUCUUACAGUUCCUUGCUUACAUAAAUUUUAUGAACAAAACUUAAAAAAAGAAAGGAUAAAAGAAAAGAAAAAACUGUGAAACACCUCUUUCAAAGGCUUAUAUUCAACCAUGGACGUGAUAAGCCAGUGUUGCCUCAGUAUUAAAACAUUGGAUUUCCUGUGGUGAAACAGGAAGUGAUUUUAUAACGAUUAGAAAAAGAAUAUUUGAUGCAUUGAAUGUUCUUUCAUAGCUAUUGUUGUUAAUUAUAAUAUACAUAGAUUAUAAUGUGCAGGGAUUUUUACCCAGCCAACUAAUAUAUCACCUUCCUUGAAGGUGAACCUUUUUAAGACAACAAUUUGCUCAUUUGAAGGAAAAAAAAAGUUUUUACAAAUGGAAGGGGGAACAGAAAAAAUAUUUUUCCUUAAACUUAAUCCAAUCAUACUGUAACCUCCAUACACACAUACAUAAAUAAAUAAAAGAAAAAUUGCAAACUUCAGUUUGCAAUUUUUUUUUGUUUGUUUUGUUUCCCUUUUCUUUUGUAUCACAUAAACAAUUGAACCUUUGUUUUAUGGGAUGGAGCCAAGGUGUGUGUUGGGGGGAGGGGUGCCUGAUGACAUAAUAAUUUAAAUAACAUUUAACAAUGUUGCCAAAGAGGUGGUCUCUUUGCUGAAACUGGGUUUCGAGAAAAAAUCUAUUUUUAUAAAACAUGAAGAGUUUUUACAAGAGAAUCUGGAUUUGAGAAAAAUAUUUUGACUGGUUAACUUAGGGGAAAUUGACAAUUUUGUCUUGUUCAUACUGCACUGGUAACUUUUUAGAGAUGAAGAUGUGUGUUUUAAAUUGGAUUUGUAGAUUGUUUUCUGAAGGAUGGGUUACAGACAGAUGUUCAUUCAUAUCUUUUCAUAGCAUGUAAUACAAAUUUUAAAUAAGGGAGAGUGUUCUUCCCAGGCACGCAGUUCCCCUGCAGUCAAAACCCAAAAGCAAGGAGAUGAGUUUCAUACUCUUUUUUCUGUUUAAGUCAUCAGUAUGGGAUAUUAGCAAAACAAAAAUGAAAACAUUUUUGUAAGAAGCUUCCUUAGUUUAAGCAGUAGGUGCUACAAUGUUAUUUACAUAUCUUAACAUCAUAGUUAUCUAUAAAGUGUUUAGAGAAAAGAAUUACAUUUGCAAUGAGUUUAUUACUGAUUUUCAAAUUCACUUUAUAGCCCAUGCUGCUAUAACUGGGCUGUAUCAACACCUAUGGAACAUAGUUUAUGUUGCUUGAACAUUGAUUUAUUUAAUUGCUGAUGUAAUGGUAUGGCCAAACUCAGAUAUGUCUAGUUUAGUUAGUCCUAGUUAUUUCUUCACUUAAAUUAUGGGAAGAUGCAUAUUAUUGUGUCAUUUUGUUUUGUGUAUGUGUGUAUGUAAAUGUACAUAUAUAAUAUACAAAUAUAAAGACUUAUUUUCUUUUUUUAUUAAUUUGUUAUAAGUUGUAAAGAUGUUUACUAGUUUUGUUUGUAUAUGUCUUUAAAAUAGUUUCAUAUGAUACUUGAUUCAUAAGUAUCUAGGUAACUUGUGCAGAAAUAUUGUUUAAUAUAUUGUCAUGUUUGUUGUGAAUUUUUUUUUCUUACUGCACAGUAGAAAAAAAAACUGAAUCUUUAUUUUAAUGUAAUUCAGAUCAGGGGAAAAUGAGCUAAGGGAACAAAAUGACUGAGGGAAUGCUUUCCCAUGUCCAGUGCACUGAUAAUUUUGGUAUGUCUGUGCUUUGUAUAGUAAUAUAUUUUAAAAGGUUCAUGCUCUUCCCUGGGUACUAGAAACAGUUACUCGCUAUGCAUAAUCUAGUUAAUAGUUAAAUUUGCUAUUGCUUUUCUUGUCUUGUUAUAUAAAAUCUUUUCAAUACAAGUUUAGUCUUAACGGUAAUAAAACAAUGUUAUGGUUAUAUAUAACUUGUGCUUACUUUGUGCAUUUUUCCAUGCUAAACCCACUAAAUGCAUGCAGAUCGUUUUUAUUCUGAGAGGUGAACUUCCUUGGCAGAAAAGUGAUGAAAAAAGAAAUGAAGCUGCAACAUAUUUUUAUCAGAUUCAAACUACUAGAAUCCUGUUCAACAACACUCAUGAAAUGUUCAGGGAGACAAAUAUAUCACUUGUGACUGUGCAAAAUUUGAAAAAGUUCUGCUGCUUUUGUGAGGCAUUAGUGGGGAAGGCAUGUCAAGAUUUUUCUCUACAAUGUGUUUAAUACCAGAAUAAGAAUAUUUCUUAGGACCAGUCAGUUGUGUACUAUAUUUCAAUUAUUAUGAAUGACUUCAUGUUAACUUGCUAGUUUAGAUAAUUUAUGAGGGAAGAUUCCGUAAAUGUUUUUUCAUAAGUUUGUUGUGUUUUAAUUAUUUGUACUUCAGAUGUCCAAACAAUAAACCUGAAGUGUGCAGA